AUGUCUUACAGAAAAAUCACAGCGUUAUUUUUUUUACUUUUGCAAAAAACUUUUUGUGAACCAGUGACGGAAAUCCAACUCCUAAACGAAUUGCCAGUGGAAAAAUUAAUGCAAUUAAAGAAUUCUCUUAAAGUGGUUGAGGGUGGAUACGAUAAUACAACUGUGAGCACGACGUUCGAAAACGACGGAGCGGAAACCAUGGCGCUGCGUGCGCCCAUUAAACGCACAGACGAAGACCUAUACAAGAAAGAAGACAGCAAAAUAAGCCACAUAUUUACUAUGUCUGUCACCACCCUGGCGUUUCUGGCAUUUGGCGGUUAUCUGCUCUGUCUCAUUGUCCAUGCAAUGAAAGCGAAACAAACCAGCCCGGUAACACAACAACCUACGUUUUUUGUGAAUUCGGGAAUAAAGCGACCCCAAACACAAUUUGCGUCAUAUGGGCGUAGGAAGCGGGAAGCAAUUGAACUGUUGGAGCCAGAAGAGAUGUUUGUGGCACUGAUGCGUGUGUGUGAGGGUUACGCGAAGUGGAGUGUUGAUAAUAUGCAUUAA